AAAGUGGCCAGCGUGAGGCGGGCCUGGCCUUUGUGCGGCCAAGUAGACCAUGAUGAAAAAGCAGAUGGAACACGUAGCCCAGACACUGGCAACCACUUGUUUGUGCCAACAACUUUUCUGGUGGGUAUUGCCGUAUUGGAGUCCCCUGCACCACUCACCGGCGAUGAUGGCCAUGGCCGGCCGGCUCCAGCUGAUCUUCAGCCCCACUGCGCCAGUCGCUGCUGCUGCUCCUUGCCAUCGCCAGUCCACUCCGGUUUGGCUCAAGCGUCCAGAUCCAAGAUCAAUAGUAGCAGCAGCCAGCAGUAGUAGGCCGUCAUCCUCCUCCGCGUCAGAGCAAUCCGCCGCCACCAUCAGCAAGGGCAAGACGAGGAGGAAGGUGACGCUGAAGCUGACUUACCUGGAGAUCAACAGCUGGGUGUGGGAGGUGCAGCCGCAAGGCCAAGGCCUAGCCCCUCUGCGCAUCCUGGUGGACCCCCUCGUCGUCGGCAAUCUCGACUUCGGCGCGCCCUGGCUGUUUGACGGCGCCAAGAAGAACCCCAGCGUGAAGGCCCUCGGGGUGGACGAGCUCUUGGCGCCGGAGACGGGGCCGGACCUGCUGCUCAUCACGCAGAGCCUGGACGACCACUGCCACGUCCGGACCCUGACGCAGCUGUCCGCCAGGGCGCCGGACCUGCCGGUGGUGACCACGCCCAACGCGCAGCCAGUCCUCGCCUCCCUGCCCACGCCGUUCCGCCGCGUCACCUACCUCGAGCCCGGCCAGUCCACCGCCGUCAGCGACCAGGUCCGGGUGCUGGCCACCGCCGGCCCCGUGCUGGGGCCGCCGUGGCAGCGCCCAGAGAACGGCUACAUCCUCAUGACCGCACACGACGGCCAUGGCCUCCUCUACUUGGAGCCGCACUGCGUGUACGACAGGUCGUUCCUGGAGACGAAGCGGCUGCGGGCGGACGUGGUGGUCACGCCGGUGGUGAAGCAGCUCCUUCCCGCCAACUUCACCCUCGUCUCCGGGCAGGAGGACGCCGUCGACCUGGCCAGGCUGCUGCGAGCCAGGUACGUGGUGCCGAUGAGCAACGGCGACGUGGACGCCGGCGGGCUCCUGGCCGCAGUGCUCUCGAAACAGGGGACGACGCAGUCCUUCGAGGCCUUGCUGUCGGAGGCGCUUCCCCAGGUGCAGGUCGUCGACCCCACGCCCGGCGUGCCGCUGCAACUUGAACUGGACAUCAGCGGGGCAGAUGAUGGGCAAUCAACAUGAUCCUCCGCCAAUAGUGAGGCUAUAUGUAUGUAUACCAGAGAAUGGUAGCAUCUCCAUUAAUUGUCAGGCUCUACUAUAGUAUAUACAUAUACACAUAUAUGUAUGCCAACCAGACAACCACAACCAGAAUGAAGAUCUACAGCAUCUCCUGCCAGUAAA